AUAAAUUUGGAUCGUUAGUUCCGGUUGGAGCAGGUGCAGAUAAAUUUGGAUCGUUAGUUCCGGUUGGAGCAGGUGCAGACAAAUUUGGUGUAGUGUUAUUUGGAUUGUUAUUUCCGGUUGUAGUAGGUUAUGUCGAUUAUCCUGAUUGUCUUCCAUAUGAUAUUUCCGAUCGGCAAGUAAAGAAUGAAUAUG